GCUUGGAUCAGUUAGCCCAGUUUCAUUCGGCCCGCCUGGCUGCCUAUGCGGGCCACACGUUUGCCCAUGCCCUUCCCCGGCGAUCCAAUCCCCUCUUGAACCCGUUGAGCGCCGGCACCGUCGAGGCGCGCCGCCGGCAGCCCCCGCCGCGCCGCGGUGGAAACCAAACCUGCUACUCCAAAACCCUCCUUACGCGCGGUCCACCGUUUCAUCCACUCCAACCUCGAAAUCCCCCAUCCGCGCCACCGUUCCGCCUGGCGCCUGCCCAGCGCUCCCAAACCCCAUGAGCCGCCGCCAGCUCCCUCUCCGGCUGCGCCACCUCUGCCGCUUCCUCGCGGCCGCGUCCUUAUCCCCGCUCGCCUCCGCACGCUACCCCGUACCCUCCGGACCGCUAAGCAUUAUUCCAGCCAUGCCGCCGCCACGGUGGCAUCUAUCCAGCCUCCCAGCGCGGCGGCUCUUCUCCGAUCACGCCAUCCUCCCCACCCACCUUCAGGACGAGUGCUUCGCCGCGCUCUCGGAUAGGAUCUACGACGCCGUGAUUAAGACGGAGGCGGAAUCCAGCGAGGGCACGGGUGCCGCGCUCGACGCCCUGGUCCCGGAGCUGACCACCCCGCUCGUCACCGACGUGCUGCACCGUCUCCGCUACGAGGAGAAGCUGGCGUUCCGGUUCUUCGCCUGGGCCUCCCACCAGGACGGGUACGACCACGAGCCGGCCACGUACAACGACGUGAUCGACAUCCUGUCCAGCACGCGGUACAAGGCCCGCCAGUUCGGCGUCCUCUGCGACGUUCUCGACCACAUGAAGCGCCACGGCACGAGGUCGGUGCCGGUCGAGGACCUACUGGCCAUCCUGCGCGCCUACACGGAGAGGCACCUCACGCACCUCAGGAAGCUGGCCAAGAAGCGCCGGGUGCGGAUGCGCACGCCACCAGAGACCGACGCGCUCAACGUGCUGUUGGACGCGUUCUGCAAGUGCGGGAUGGUCAGGGAGGCAGAGGCUGUGUUCAGCCGAGUGAAGAGGAAGUUGCUGGGGAACGCCGAGACGUACAACAUCCUGUUCUUCGGGUGGUGCCGGGCAAGGGACCCCAAGAAGGCCAUGAAGGUGCUUGAAGAAAUGAUUCAGAUGAAGCACGCCCCUGAGAGUUUCACGUACAAUGCAGCCAUCGAUUCAUUUUGCAGCGCUGGCUUGGUUUCGGAGGCAAGGGAAUUGUUUGAGUUCAUGAGGACUGAGGGGUCGACAAUCUCGUCGCCUACUGCCAAGACGCAUUCGAUUAUGAUCGUUGCACUAGCAAAGGCUGAUCAGAUGGAGGAGUGCUUUGCAUUGAUUUCAGACAUGAGAAACUGUGGCUGCAUGCCUGAUGUAUCCACCUAUAAAGAUUUGAUUGAAGGGAUGUGCUUGGUAGGUAAAUUGGAUGCUGCUUACCGUGUGUUGGAAGAGAUGGGAAAGGCGGGAUUUCCUCCAGACAUUGUCACCUACAACUGCUUUGUUCAGGUACUCUGCAGUCUCCGAAAAGCUGAUGAUGCACUCGAACUCUGUGAGAGGAUGAUAGAGGCACAUUGUGAGCCCAGUGUUCAUACCUAUAAUAUGCUGAUGGUGAUGUUCUUUGAGAUGGGAGAUGCACAUAGAGCAUUAGAUAUUUGGCUUGAGAUGGACAAGAGAGGAUGUAAACGUGCUGUUGAUACCUACGAAAUAGCGAUCGAUGGACUGUUUGAUUCUGGAAGAACGGAAGAUGCAACUGCUCUUCUGAAUGAGGUUAUAAACCGUGAUAUGAAACUGUCGUAUAAGAAGUUUGAUGCUAUCAUGCUGCGGUUAUCAGCUGUAGGCAACCUUGGUGUGAUACAUCGGUUGUCAGAGCAUAUGAGAAGAUUUUACAAUGUUGCAAUGUCAAGACGAUUUGCGAUCACACAGAAGAAGAAGAGCAUAGGCCUGAGAAGGAAAUGAGUACCACGCCAAUAGGUGUUGUGGUUUCUUGAUACCGCAAUAAUUAUGUGUUUAUAUGAGGGUGGUCGAUGAUGAAUGCUGGGGGGGGGGGGGGGCUAGGAUUUGGUUCCAGCUCUGCCAUUGAUAACAUGUACAAGGUGACGGCUACUGGUCAUUGACAAUACGUCGGGCCAAAUGCUCAGGACCCGCGUUGGUUGGUUCUCUGGCUCUUGUUCUGUUGCUGUACUACCAAUCGAGGCUGUGAGUCUGUGAGCUAGACCUAGGACGGCCAUAGCUGCGCACACUUUCUCCCGCUGAGAACCUGGAAGGAAGGCUGGAACGCGCCAUGCCAAGAAACCCUGAAAUUGUGACUUGAGAGCUUCGGAUACCAGGUGAAAUUCUCUGAAGUCGAGACCUCACGGCAGGGCCCGGCUGAGCGCUUUGGGGCUCGCGAGUUUUCAUGAGUUCCGAGGUAAAAUAUGGGUGCUUCUGACGGAAAAGAUAUCUCUGCCAAGUGGUUUCCAGUUCCCAUUCCAUGCACGGCCUGCAUGAUUCUACGAGUCAAGUAGCUGUCUGAUGGUUCAGCCUAUGAAAACCGCAUCUUUUUAGUUUUCUUUUGGCCGCCUCUCUUCUUGCAGAGGAAUCUGUAAUCAUGUAUGCCCAGCGACCCGAGUAACCACAGGUAGUAAGAAGACAAAGAAUCCAGAUGCGUCUUUGGGACGUACGAAUUUUCACUUCCGUAAGACAUUCGUUUUAUGGCUUAUCAUAUGCUGCAAUCAACAUGAAACAAG